AGCCUGCCAUUUUUUUUGUUUGUGUCAGAACUGUCAAACUCUAAUGUUUGUUUUACUUUGUGCAAUCGAUUCAGUGGGAUUUUUUUGAUAAUAAUUACUCGGUUAUACUUCUUCAUAUCUUCUUGAUUCCCGCUGUCGGUCUGCAGGUAUUCGUGUUGGUGAGCUGGUUCUACGUCAUAAGGAUAGCCAGGUAUCUGGCGGCUGUACCCAACUAAAAUGCCGCUUACAGCUGAUGUUGCUGCCCAGCAAGUUCAAGAACGUCUUCGGAGCUUGCAUAGGCUGGUAUACGAUAUAGAAACAGAGAGGAGCCACAAUGAGCAAUGUAUUGAUAAUAUAUUGCGGGCGGAAAAGGCAGCAGAAUCACCAUCAAAUGCAGAGGACUCUUCUGGUUCUUCCCAGCAGCAACAACAAUUAAAGAACUUGUACAAGGCUGGUCUGACGGCAGCAGAACAAGAAGAAAGACUCCUCAGGGCGGCUCUCACACGGAUUUAUGAGAUAAGAGCCAUUAAGAAUGAAAGAAGAAUGCAAGCGCGUCACGCGGGCAAUAAAGAAACCAUCGGUUGCGGCGCGCUAAUGAAGAUGCUUCUAAGCGCCGCACAGACGUUACCUCUCCACGUGGGAAGGGCGGGCGAGCGCGCGCCUGCACUAUGCGGCGCGGUGCCGGCCGACCCUGGCCAUAUUGCUCAUCCGGGCGAUGCAGUUGCGGCACUCGUGAGAGUGUCUGAUAAGGAGGAGAACUGGAUCUUGGCUGAGGUCGUGAGCUGGCUCCCGGCUCAAGGCAAGUACGAGGUUGACGACAUCGACGAGGAGCAAAAGAACCGCCACGUGUUAAGCAAGCGCCGCGUUGUGCCGCUGCCGCUGCAGCGAGCCUCGCCGCGUACUGACGAACAUGCGUUGUUCCCUAAAGGAGCCGUGGUUAUGGCGCUGUACCCACAGACCACGUGCUUUUAUAGAGCUGUUGUUAACAGACUGCCUGCUAAUGCCGCUGACCCCUAUGAAGUUUUGUUUGAGGACUCGUCGUACGCGGACGGGUACUCGCCGCCGGAGCGCGUGGCGCAGCGCUACGUGAUCGCCAUCAAGGAGGGCAAGGGCCGCGCCACCUGACCCCGCGCCGCGCCCGCGCCGCCGCCCGGCCCCGCCGCCGACCAACAGAUGCUCUAGAUUCAUUAUGUCCUUAUACAGGGUGGAAACGAUAAGUGAUCUCACUCGAUUAUUUCUAAACUAUACAAGAUAU